AUGAUUAUUAUCACAUUCGAUCGUACUAGAUUUUGGUCGCAGUACAUUUCUGGAUACGUUUACAGCUGGGAGCCAUUCCCAACGAAAACUACGGUUAAGCAUAUGAAUAUUUUUUUAUAUCGCAUUUGCUUGCGACACAAAACAAAGGUGAGGAAUGUGGCAUUAGACAAGUUGACGGCUGUCGUCUUCGAACCAAUAACAUGCACCUCUGUCUCAACGCCUCCAGCCAGCAGAUGGCUCUGGAAUGUUACUGUCCUGGCGGGUCCUACAGAUGAAACAGCUACGUACAACAUUACAGGUAGCAUCAUCACGUUCAGUCGCCCUGGUCGCUACAGAAUCAGCUGCACUGCGUUCAAUACGUUCGAUGACGAAACAACAUCGAGUAGUGUACUUGCUGAGCUGUUUAUCGUCGUAACGAACUCCAUGAAAAGGAUUCACGUCGCGGGUAGCAGGCUGCAGUCGUUUCACGUCAUAACCCUAUACCAGUUUGUGACGUGCGACAGCAGAGUUUUCGACAUUAUGGAAAGUUCUGAAGCCUGGAGAAGGAAGACAGUAUGGAUAUCGUUGUGUCUCAGCUUCUUCUUCAUAAUUAUGAUCACCGGAGCUGUUGUGUUGUACUACAAGAAGAGAAUUUUUAAGAAUGCUGACAUUUUUGCUUUAGAUAAAAGAGGUUUAGCUCAGAAAGUUCAACUUUUACAUUUUAUACUUGUUAAGAUAUGCGGCGAUGUUGCAUUGAAUUACUGUUUUAGUUUAUUAUAA